AAGGAAAAACUGUCGUAUAUUUCUAUCAAUGGCAAGAUUUUUUUCUAUAACUUCUCACCCAUCUCUAAAUUAUUCAUAUUAUUUGCAAACCAACUUUCCAUUGCUCAUUUUUAAUAGUGAAUCGUAUUGCAGUUGCCUUUUUCUGAGCUGAAGGAUCAAUCACGCGCAUAAAAAUAUACAGAGAUGAGAGAUACUCCAAGAGCAUUAUCUAGAGGUGCUUUACAAAUUCGACUGAUCCUGGUUUAGAGAUAAAUAUGACAGAGGACAUAAGUAAGGGUUCGCAAAGUGGUGAAAGAAGCUUCAAAAGUCAUCAAUUAAAUGGCUUGCCUGAUCAGGUCUCUAGUCCAGUCAGAAGAGAAGUAGUCAGUAGAUCGGCUCUUGUAAUGAGCACUCCAAACAAUUAUGAUGAGAUUGAUGUGGAGAGUGGAAAAUGUGAGGAGGGUAGAGAAAAACCAGUGCAUAGUAGUAAAAGAGUACUUAGAAUACACAACCAGGCCUUGUUGGCUGGCCUUGCAUAUUGUUUUUCUUCCUGUAGCAUGAUAUUGGUUAACAAGUACGUCCUCUCCAGUUAUAACUUCAAUGCCGGAAUAUCUUUGAUGCUAUUCCAGAAUUUUGUCUCAGUGAUUAUUGUUGUCACUUUGAGUUUCAUUGGCAUAAUUACCAUGGAACCGCUUACUUGGAGAUUAAUUAAGGUCUGGUUGCCUGUAAAUGUUAUAUUUGUUGGUAUGCUGAUCACUAGUAUGUUCAGUCUAAAGUACAUUAAUGUUGCCAUGGUUACUGUUCUGAAGAAUGUAACAAAUGUGAUGACUGCUAUUGGUGAAAUGUACUUAUUCAACAAGCAUCAUGACAAAAGAGUUUGGGCAGCUCUUUUCUUAAUGAUCAUUUCAGCAAUAUCUGGAGGAAUUACAGAUCUCUCUUUUCAUGCCACUGGAUACGCAUGGCAAUUGAUCAAUUGUUUUUUGACGGCGUCCUAUUCAUUGACUUUGCGUAGAGUCAUGGAUACUGCAAAGCAAGUCACUAAAUCUGGAGAUUUGAAUGAGUUCUCAAUGGUCCUGCUAAACAAUACCCUUUCAUUGCCCCUAGGAACAUUGCUUAUAUUUUUAUUCAAUGAGGUUGAUUAUCUUUCAAGAACACCACUUUUGAGACUGCCCGCCUUCUGGCUGGUCAUCACACUUAGUGGAUUCUUGGGUUUGGCAAUAAGCUUCACUUCCAUGUGGUUUCUUCAUCAAACUGGGGCUACUACAUACAGCCUUGUUGGUUCGCUGAACAAGAUACCUCUUUCUAUUGCCGGUAUCCUUCUUUUUCAUGUCCCCACGAGUUUGGAAAAUUCUGCAAGCAUAUUCUUCGGAUUGUUGGCUGGCGUGUUUUUUGCAAGAGCAAAAAUCCGAGAUAGAACUUGAUCUUGAAGAAGCUUAGAUUUACACUUUUGGUGAUUGCCUCUCUGAUAUAUAGGAUGAACAUUUUGUAUACUACUUUUCUGAGAAGAAAAAUCAUUUUAUUUCCUUCAUCUUCUAUGAUGUUAUAUACAAAUGGGAGAUGGUUACUGACUUGCUGUUUUCCCCUUAGCUGUUGCAGAAACUGUAAGAGAUUGAAAUACAAAAUCAUUGAUAGUCAUAGCACAAAUCAAGCUGAGGUCUAAUGUUCUCAUGAUUGUUUUGUAAUAAAAAAGGAUAUAUCGAUACAUAAGUUUUUGUUAGUAAAUGAGAUGAUAUCAUUUCGACUUUGAUGUCA